GGAAGCGGCGGCAGGAGGAGGCGGGCUGAGGGUGCUCGGCACCGGGAGAAGGAGGAGGAUGGCGGCGGGGAUGGCAGCGGCGCGCUAGCAGGAGGCGGCGCGGACACGUUUGAAUGUGGUCUCCGGUCCCUGAAUGACCCGGCCCCGAGAUCUAAUAAUACAAUGUCAACUGGAAGGGUAAGAGCCAAAAAAAAGGCAUGUUCUGCCGACCAGUCUCCAGACAGCCUUCCUGUGAGGAGUUCUGGAAGACAGGUGAAGAAGAAAGCAGCUGAAGCAGCAGAUGAUGAUGAUGAUGCAUCAGAGAAGAAAUACAGAAAGUGUGAAAAAGCUGGAUGCACCGCAACAUGUCCUGUUUGCUUUGCAAGUGCAGCUGAAAGAUGUGCUAAAAAUGGGUAUACAUCUAGAUGGUAUCAUCUUUCCUGUGGGGAACACUUCUGCAAUGAAUGUUUUGACCACUAUUACCGAAGCCAUAAAGAUGGUUAUGAGAAAUACACUGCCUGGAAAAGGAUUUGGACAAGUAAUGGUAAAAGUGAGCCCAGUCCAAAAGCCUUCAUGGCUGAUCAGCAGCUUCCAUACUGGGUGCAGUGCACAAAGUCAGACUGUGGUAAAUGGCGUCAGCUGACAAAGGAAAUCCAGCUGACACCAGAAAUAGCAAAAACCUACAGAUGUGGUAUGAAACUGAACAAUUCCACCAAGGGCGAGGGCUCAGACCAGUGUUCCAUGCCUGAGGACUUGAGAGUGGCUGAAGUUUCAGACCAUUGGUGGUACUCCAUGCUCAUACUCCCUCCCUUGCUGAAAGACAGUGUGGCAGCUCCCUUUCUAGCUGCAUAUUAUCCCGACUGCGUGGGCAUGAGUCCAUCCUGUACCAGCACCAAUCGGUUACCUGGUGAAUCCAACCUUGUGAAGUUAGAGCACUUAAAGAGCGUGCCUAAUUUGACUGUUGCAGGCUUGAACAAGUAUUUCCAGCCUUUUUACCAGCCCAAUGAAUGUGGGAAAGCACUUUGUGUGAGGCCAGAUGUUAUGGAACUGGAUGAGCUCUAUGAGUUCCCAGAAUAUUCACGAGACCCUACCAUGUACUUGGCUUUGAGAAACCUGAUUUUGGCUCUGUGGUAUACAAACUGUAAGGAGGCUCUUACCCCUCAAAAAUGUAUCCAUCACAUCAUCGUUCGGGGGCUUGUGCGUAUUCGCUGUGUCCAUGAAAUGGAGAGGAUACUUUAUUUUAUGACAAGGAAAGGGCUAAUUAAUACAGGGAUUUUAUCAGUCAGUCCCGACCAGUAUCUUCUUCCUAAAGAAUACCACAACAAAUCUGUCAUUAUUGUUGGGGCUGGUGCAGCAGGAUUAGCAGCAGCCCGACAGCUGCACAACUUUGGAAUUAAGGUCAUCAUCCUGGAAGCUAAAGACAGAAUUGGUGGCCGAGUAUGGGAUGACAAGACAUUCAAAGGAGUCACUGUUGGAAGAGGUGCACAAAUCGUCAAUGGAUGUGUCAACAACCCAAUGGCACUAAUGUGUGAGCAACUUGGCAUUAAAAUGCACAAACUAGGGGAGAAAUGUGACUUGAUCCAAGAAGGCGGAAGAAUAACAGAUCCCACCAUUGAUAAACGUAUGGAUUUUCAUUUCAAUGCCAUCCUAGAUGUUGUCUCUGAGUGGAGAAAAGAUAAAACUCAACAUCAAGAUGUUCCUCUUGGUGAAAAAAUACAAGAGAUCUAUAAAGCCUUUAUUCAGGAGUCUGGUAUCCAGUUCAGUGAGCUUGAAGAAAAAGUAUUACAGUUCCAUCUCAGUAAUUUGGAGUAUGCCUGUGGCAGCAACCUCUCUCAGGUAUCUGCACGCUCAUGGGACCACAAUGAAUUUUUUGCACAGUUUGCAGGAGAUCACACUCUUUUAACUGUGGGAUAUUCUACUGUGAUUGAUAAAUUGGCAGAGGGGCUGGACAUCCGGCUGAAUUUCCCAGUACAGACUAUUGACUAUUCUGGUGAGGAAAUACAGGUCACUACUGCAGAUGGAACAGUGUGGACAACACAAAAGGUAUUAGUGACUGUACCACUGGCUCUUCUUCAGAAAAAUGUCAUUCAGUUUAAUCCUCCACUGUCAGAAAAAAAAAUUAAAGCCAUUAAUAGUUUAGGAGCAGGAGUCAUUGAGAAGGUUGCCUUGCAGUUUCCCUACAGAUUCUGGGACAGUAAAAUUCAAGGAGCUGAUUUUUUUGGUCAUGUUCCACCCAAUUCCAGCCAGCGUGGGCUCUUCAGCGUUUUCUAUGACAUGGAUCCAGAGGGCAAAGAAAGCAUUUUAAUGUCAGUGGUCACUGGAGAUGCUGUGGAAAACAUUAAAAAUUUGGAUGAUAAACAAGUACUACAACAGUGUAUGACUGUACUUCGAGAGCUGUUUAAGGAGCAGGAGGUUCCUGACCCGGUGAAGUUUUUUGUUACUCAGUGGAGCAAAGACCCUUGGCUCCAGAUGGCAUAUAGCUUUGUGAAAACAGGGGGCAGCGGUGAAGCUUAUGACAUUAUAGCUGAAGACAUACAAGGAAAAAUAUUUUUUGCUGGUGAGGCCACAAAUAGGCACUUUCCUCAGACCGUCACAGGAGCUUACCUGAGUGGAGUUCGAGAAGCGAGCAAAAUAGCAGCAUUUUAAGUACUGAAAUUUUGUGUUUAUAGAUAUAUUUUUAAUUGUUUUCUGUGGGUAGAACUAUCUUCAAGUUUCCUAUUGCUGCCUUUUCCCUAAGUGGUACUUAAAUAGUGUUUGGUACCUGAAGAUAAAAUCUUCAUCUUCCUUUACUCUUCUUUCUCCCUAGCCCUCUCACUUCCCCUCCUUCUAAGCCCUGAUAUUAAUAGGGAUUCUAAGGUAUUACUGGCAAGAGUGACACUGGAAUCCCUAGCCACGACUUAACUAAUGGAACUUUCAUUAAGCAUCCUCUUCUGUACAGCUUGAAUCAUGCUAUUAUGAACCUUCAUUUCAGAAGGUCAGAUUAAAACCAAGUUAAUAUACAACAUUAAAAAUGCUAGCAGUUAGUAGUCACAGGGAUUUUCUGCUAACUGUGCUUCUCAGGUUGAUUAUGCUCACAGGAGUUCCAAUUUCCUUCCCAAAGCCUGAAGAACCUAGACAAAUUCUAGAAUUAUUGUAGGAAGGAACUUUUUCCACUUGGAAUCAAUAACCUUUUCUAUAAUAUUUUUCAUAUUCUUAGCCUCCACAAAGUGGGCUUUGGAGUAUCAAGUUUGUUCCUUUAAAUCAGAUGGCUGGAACAGUUUACAGUGCAAUCAUAAAAAGGUUAUUGUACCUAAUAGAACUUGAAAAAUUAACAUUUACAUUACUUUAAAGAAAUGUAAAAUAUUCUUUCUGCUACAUAUUCAGAUAAAUUCUUAUUACAAUAAUACGCUAAGUGCAGAUUUGCUUAGUGCUUCUGAUCAUAUAGGAAUACGACAGCUUAAAAACACUCUUACCUCUAAGAGUAUUUUGAAAACAAACUUCCAAAUGAAAUUUGGGCUGAAUAGAAAAACUAUCUACUGAUAUGACUGCACGGUUGGGGAUGAAGGACUCUAAGUUCCUAAAGGCUCAUUCAGCUUUUAUAUUUAAAAAAUAAGUGAAGAUGAAUGAGGAAAAACAUUAAGACUUUUAUGAAGGGCUGAAACAAGGUGGCUUGCACUUUGACUUGAAGUUUUUUUUUCUUCUUCUUUUUACUUUUAUAAUUAAAGUAUUGUUAAAAAUGUCUUGAGGGUGUAAUUCAGUAAGGCCUAAGCAUCUAUCUAAUAGCUUUUCAAUGGGAGAGGGAAGGAAAUGAAGUGUUUUUCAAUAGAAAUAAGACAGACAUAAUGAGGAUCUCUGUUGUAAUACUGUUCCACUAAAACAGCAUUAAUGAAAAGAAAAAUGUAACCCAACUUUUAGAUCUCUUCCCCCACACCUUCCCUCUAACUACUGCACAAAUCUCCUGACUUCUGAAAGGAAAGUAAGCACUUGUUCUCUUCCCCCUCAUCUGUUCUCAUGCAUAGGUUCUUUUUGUUUAAUCUCUUCAUUUAAGAGUUAACAGCAAGCUUUUGAGUUACAGUGCUUAUUUUCAUAAAGCUGUAUCCUUGGGAAAAAAAAAAACCAAACCCAACAAUCAAUCUUAAGAAAAAUCCUACUGAAUAAAUGCAAUUCUUCUUUUUAUUUACCUAAUAUUUUGUUGUUAGAAUAGCUAUGAUAUUGUUAAAUACCUUUAAUUAAUCUCUAAUUUACAAGAUGAAGAUGUUUAUAUAACUAAUGUUUUUCAGAUAUAUAUUUUGUUCUGCUUCUUAAAGCUGAAUUAUAUGAAUUAAUAGAAAAAGUGUACCUGUUCAUAAUUUUCCUCUAUAUGAAUGCUAGUAUGUACAGUUUAAAAGUAUUUCCAAGUAUUGACUUGUAAUUUAAAGGUUAUAAGAAGCAAGACAAAAUCCUCUGAUAAGAAAAGGUAAUCGGGCAUCAGAUUUUGCUUUGGGUAAUCAUUUGCACUUUGUUAAUUUCAUAACUUAGAAGCCAAUUCACAGCCUAAGUAGGAGAGAUAAAGAGCUGCAUAGUUUGACUUCCACGUUUCUUUUCUAGUUUAUUGUAUAUGACAAAAUUAUCGGGAGAGGAGCUUCUGAAGUAGGAAAAAACCCCCUAAUUUCUACAAGCCCAAAUAGCUGCUUCAGCUGAUCAAAACUUCAGUCACCUUAGUAACAGCAUAUAAAUAACAUCGCAUUUUAGACAGGAAAUGCCUGGAAAGUUGAGCUCAGCAUCCCUUUCUGCAGUCCAAAGUUUAUGUGGACAUGCUUCAUUUUAGGCAUAUGCUUCCAUACUGUUAAUUUGUACUUGGAGUUUCAAAUCUAUAACUUUGCAGAUAGAUAAAUGCUAUAUUCUAGAGAAUAAAGAUGGACAUGAACAAAAUAUGGUCACAUUUGGCUUCAGCUGCUACACACUUCUUUUAGCAUUAAAAAAAAGGCUAACUAAUAAUGAAUUAAUGAUGAAUUUACAAACGGCCUCGUAUAUUAAUUAUUUGUAUAUUAUUUCGGUGCCAAGGCACCUAAACUAUAUUGUGCUGCACUUCAGUUUGAAGAGUAAAUAAAAUAAGUAUGUUCCAUUGUAAUUUACAUUUGUUUGAAAUGUAUAAGAACAUCAGGCUGGUUCUGAGAAUUCGUUCCUUAAUUAAUGUUCCCCCCAAAUUUUUUUGAUACCUAUGUUAAAAUUUAUUUCAAGCAUGUGUAUGUUUUGCGUUUAAUUUAUUCCCUGCAAAUAAAGGACUGGGGAAUGUUUUCUUUGAGAAGAUUUGUUACAUGUUUGAAUGCAGAGCAUGAUCUGUUACACUUCAGCUCUUCUGUGUGAACUAUGUUAUGGCAGCAGAAUAAAACUGGAAAGUAUCCAAAGGAUGCUCAU